AUGAACCGAUGCCGUUUUGUGACGCCUGAGCUAUUAAAGACUGAGAGAAGUGAGAUCAAUACUCCUCCGACCUACCCUUACUACCUUACUCUACGCCUCGCACCUCCCAGCGCGCUCUCUCUUACGGUAGGGGAACUCUUAUUCCGGCUGAAAGCUAGGGCUUGGAGACACGGUGGUGAGACGGGGACGGGGGAAUUGCCGGUGUACUGCUGGUGA